AUGUGCGAUGUUACCUUUAUCGCCCGUUCUUCCGACGGGCUGCUGCUGUGUGAAGCUUGGUCUCCCCACUACAGCAGCAGCAGCAGCAGCUCCACCUACCAGCAGCAGCAGGAGCAGCAGCGACUGAAGCACCAGGUGAAGCAGGUGCUGCAGCGCUUGCAAGGGAGCACAAGUCAAGGAGCCAUCGAUGCGGGUCAUUUGAAGUUUUAUUACAAGAUGAACCGAGGCAUCACCUAUUUCACGGUGUGCGCUGCGUCGUACCCACGUCGCCUAGCCUUGUGCUACUUGGAUGAAGUCUGCGCGCUCUUUGAAGACGAGCUGACCAUCGCCUUUGGAUCCAGGGCUGUUGACUUCUUCGCGAUGAUAGAGACCAUAGAGGCUCCCUAUCACUUUAUUAAAUUCGAACGCGUGCUGCAGAAAAAGCGACAGGAAUUCGCAGAUCCUGGUUCCUCCAAAGCUUUGAGUCGCCUGAACGACUCGCUAGCAGAAGUCUCUGACCUUAUGCGGCAAAACAUCGAAGAGAUACUUCAGAGGGGGGAGAACCUAUCGGAUGUGGGCAAAAAGGCGAGCGAUCUAAAAUCGGCGAGCGAGAAGUUCAAGGGGCUGGCGAAGGCAUUGAGUUUUAGGGCUUUGGUGCAGCAGUACGCCCCCUUGGCACUAGUGGUUCUGUUUUUCGUCACGCUUUUGUUUUGGAAGCUCUACCUAUAG